UGACUGUGCAGCCAUUUUGGGGAGGCUGUGGACCGUCGAGCUCGUAUGUGCCAUUAUUAGCUGCCCGAAAACACACAAAGAAACCAAACGGAACAACGUUGGACGACACGUCGUUAAAUAUGGGCCCGCCGGGAGACAGAACACGCCACAUGUCGACUGAAAGAACGGAGGAUUUCAGCUGGAUUGUCGAUUUAUCUUGACAUGGCAUGCGGCAGGGCGAGCCGGAGGUUGUGACGACUGAAGAAAAAGAAGAGAAAGAAAACAAGCGCAGCGAACACCUCGAAACUUCAGACGCGGAAAGGGGGAGAUUUUGUUUAGUUAAUUUCGCCAUUCAGCGUUUGUCGUUGGUUGGCUAUCGAUUCCCUGGCUGAUUUUUUGUCGAUGAAGUUGUUGACAAGACACGACUGAAGCGAAUUCUAUCUAGCUAAAAUGCUGAGCACAAGCAGAAACAGUUAGUCAGUGAACCCUGCAAGUCUCCUGACUCUCACAGCACUGGCAGUCACGUUGAACCCAGCGAGAAAAUGUAAACGCGUGGAAAGAUGACUGUACGCUAGCUAGCCGACCACACAUAGGCCUCGAUUAAGCCAAUCAUUCAGAAGAUAAGAUGUAGCUAUAUCGUUGGUUCACUACUAGUUAGUGUCGGAAGUGAAUGCCUAGAUUAGCUUGCUAGCUCACCUUAGCUAGUGUGCUAAAAAUACGCCCACAUCAUGACUAUCAGCACUGGCGGCGCUGCAGGCCUUGGGCCAAAUGAGUGGCAGUAAAAGUCAAGGAAAUGUCAAGUUACUUUCGCAGUAGUCUUCGAUGUUACCCGGUGCCAAUAUCUCCUGGCAUCUGUAUUUACCUGCCAUGUUCGUCUGUAUCCCCAGUCCGUCUGUAACACGCACAUAACGCAGUCUCUACAGAGAAACAAACACAAAACGACAGCCAUGGAUGAGGGACUUUGAAAUGACCCAAAUAAUAGAAUAUUUGUCCGCUUGCUGUAGUCCACAAUCUCACUAGCAAAAAAAAGUAAAUUAAAUAAAAUUAUUACCGGUAUGGGUUUUUGUAGUAGCAGCCGUUUCUAUUGAUUUCAGUAACAUUUACAGAAGAAAAAUUUGAGUUGCUGUUUCAUUUAAAUCUCUGUUGUUAAUCCCUUGUCGAUGGCAGGUUGAAAAAAGAAAAAAAGAAGCUCAUUUGGCUUGAAAGUCAUGUCUUAAAACAUGGAUUUCUGAUCAAGUAUCAAGGAGAUGUAGUCUUAGCUUGUUGACCAUUCCCCUCCUCAACACUGCCCUUUUACAAAAAAAAAAUAAUAAUAAUUUGAAAUGACUUAGUUUUGUUUCUGAUUUGUUGACCUUUUUCAGUUCGUAGUAUUUCGAAGAUCUAGCUGAGAGUUUUGAUGCGUUGUUUCUGCAAAGGGUAGCUAGCUCCAUCCUUUAUCCAGCGUAUAAAUACAGAAGUAGAGAGUGUAGCCAAAAUAUACUGCACAAGAGGAGAAGACACUACCAUCAAAAUCUAACCAUGGGGGACCCGACUUCACGAAGAAAUCAAACAAGAAAUCGACUUCGAGCUCAACUUCGGAAGAAAAGGGAAUCUUUGGCUGAUCAGUUUGACUUCAAGAUUUAUAUAGCCUUCGUUUUCAAAGAAAAGAAGAAGAAGUCUGCACUUUUUGAGGUAGCUGAAGUGGUGCCAGUGAUGACCAACAACUAUGAAGAAAACAUCUUACGAGGUGUGCGCGAUUCCAGCUACUCUCUCGAGAGUUCGAUAGAACUCCUGCAAAAAGAUGUGGUGCAACUACACGCCCCCCGAUACCAGUCAAUGCGAAGGGAUGUGAUAGGCUGCACACAGGAAAUGGAUUUUAUCCUUUGGCCACGCAACGAUAUUGAGAAGAUUGUCUGCCUGCUGUUCUCCAGAUGGAAGGGGGCCGAUGAUGAACCCUUUAGGCCUGUUCAGGCCAAGUUUGAAUUUCAUCAUGGAGACUAUGAGAAGCAGUGCUUGCAUGCUUUGGGUCGUAAAGACAAGGCUGGAAUGGUCAUGAACAACCCAACUCAGUCUGUAUUUCUCUUCAUGGAUAGACAACACUUACAGACUCCUAAAACCAAGGCCACAGUUUUCAAGUUGUGCAGCCUCUGCCUGUACUUACCCCAGGACCAGCUGACCUGCUGGGGUGUGGGAGACAUCGAGGAUCACCUUCGCCCAUACAUGCCUGAUUAAGGCUUCUUGCUCCACCCAGCCACACAGGGAAAAGCCUUUCCCCUUCCUCCUGCCUAAGCCUUCAGAAGCAAAUUGAUGUACUCAUCCUCACCCUUUCCCCUUUAAAAGAUUUGAACUUAUGCUUGGAUCUCCUUUUUGUUCCCUACUUGUUCUCCCCUC